AUGACUUUUACGACUUCUCUCACUUAUAAAGGACCACUAGUAAACAGAAAACUUGAUCCUUCUGGUUAUCCCAACUGGCAUCACGUACGUUGGUUAAGAAAUGAAAAGCGAUCUUUUGGAAUUCUAAAGUUUAAAACGUCUCUUGAAGACAGUGAUGAAUUCUAUUCAGUAAGUUUUAGAAGAAGAGGAAAAAUACCUCUAAUAUUAAAUCCACCUCUCAGUUAUGCUGGACCAUUUCUCAUAUCUAAAGAGAAAAAACAUGUGGUGGAUGUUAAUCCUGAUUUAGAAGAAGUUUCUGAACCAGAAGAUUCUGAGGAACAGUAG